UUAUAGUUGUGAAGGCACCUUGUUGUUUUACCCAAACCAGCUUUUGAUCCCGCUUUUAUGAAUAUCUAAUCUUCAGACAAAAAGUGUUAUUUUGGCCAUCUCGGGCUCAAAAUCGUAUUUGAAUUCAAAUAGGCACUAGCGCAUACGAACACAGUACAGUACACAAUCGUGAAAAUGAACAGCCAAAGAAACAAAUUUAAGCGAGGUCAAAAUUUCUCCACGGAGGAGGAAUUUCUACUUAUCACUAUGGCGGCGGAGCAACGCCAGAUCUUCGAAAAUAAGAAAUGCGAUGCAGUGACCUGGAAGGAGAAGGAGCGGGCGUGGGAUGACCUGGCGGUCGCCUACUCCAGCAAAUCGGGAAUUAAGCGCAGUGGACUUAGCUUGAGGACCAAAUAUGAGAGCUUGAAGAAGAAGUUGGGAGCCGGGAUUCCGUACGGACACCCAACCCAAACUCCUUCGGUUUCCGAAAAACUCAGGGAGAUCCUGGGGGACGAUGACACGGGGGGCGAAAACUCAGACAGCGAUUUUAUAAUAGAUGAUUGCAAGGCGGAAUCAAUUGGAGACAUUAUAGAGUUCACAGGGGAAAACUCCAAUGAAAAUGGGGAAUUAACUACCACGUCGAGAAACCCAACUGGAAGGUCAAGGCGCUAUGCCGGCAGACUUUUUCAAGAAGAAAAGCUACGCUUGAUCAGAGCACAGCGACAUUUUUAUGAACAGGAAAACAUCAGAGCUCGGGAAAAGCAUUUGGAGGAAAUGGAAACUCUUAGUGCGAAACGAGAGCUCCUCUACAUGGAAAUCGCUGAAAAGAAAAUGAAACUUAAUGACUCUUCAAAAGAUUCAUGAGCUGUAUUUAUCACAGUUUUGGUCUAGAUUAGUAUCAAAAAGUAGACGAAAUUCUCAAAAUGUACAUUAGCUCUCAAAGUAUUUACUAAUUAUAUUUUCUAUGAGUUUUAUCGGCGA